AUGGAUAGCUCAAAAGAGAUUCCGAAUGUAAAAACAAAAAUGGCUUCCAAAUCAGAAGAAUUGGAUAAUUUUGAUGAGUUUGAAGAAGACUCUGACAAUGAGGAAGAAUGGGAAGAAGAAGAAGAGGACAUCAAAGAGGAAGAAGAUGUUCUAUGUCUGUUUAGCCAGCAGAGAUUUUCUACGGUGGAUGAAAUGUUCAAACACUGUCACUGUGUCUAUGGAUUUGACAUGGCUUGGGCAGGACGUACCUGGAAGCUGGACAGUAUACAAUUUAUCAAAUUUGUCAACUAUGUCAGGACAGAGAAACCAAGCAGUAAGGAUUUACUGAAAUAUAAACCUGGUGAUAUACCUCCCUGGACAUCUGAUUCCUACAUGAAGCCCCACGAUCCUGAUGAUGUUCUGUUACAGUUUGAUAUAGAAGAUAUGCUAGAAAAUAGUCCACUGACAAAUUCCAUUAGUACUACACAAAAUGGAAGUGGAGGAGAGACCAACAUGACUUUGUCAAUGUCAGAGUACCAUGAACUUUGUCAGAGGUUAAAGGUUGCUGAGGAAAGGUCAGCAAAGGCAGAAGAACAGAUACAUGAAUUAAUGCAAAAUAUGGAGAAAAUGAGGAUAGUAACCAAGGAUAUUGUAAUGACACAAUCACAAGAGCCAAUCAAACAACAGAGUGUUAUAGAGACCCUGACAGAGGACGAGGACGAUGCCUACUUUGGUUCAUAUGCACAUUUUAGUAUACAUGAAGAAAUGUUAAAGGAUAAGGUACGAACGGAGAGUUACAGAGAUUUCAUGUACCAGAACACUGACUUGUUUAGAGACAAAAUAGUAUUAGAUGUUGGUUGUGGUACCGGUAUACUUUCCAUGUUUGCUGCGAGGUCUGGGGCCAGACAAGUGAUCAGUGUGGACCAAUCAGAUGUAGUCUACCAGGCCAUGGACAUCGUAAGAGAGAACAAUUUGGAGGAUCGUGUUACAGUGAUUAAAGGUCGUAUAGAGGACGUGGAUUUACCUGUGGAUAAAGUUGACAUUAUCAUCUCAGAGUGGAUGGGUUACUUCCUGUUGUUCGAGUCCAUGUUGGAUUCUGUGCUGUAUGCUAGAGAUAAAUACUUGGCACCAGGAGGAGUAGUUCACCCAGAUAGAUGUAACAUCAGCCUUGUGGCAUCCUGUGACCCUGAUCUCCACAGUAAGCAUGUCACUUUCUGGGACGAUGUGUAUGGGUACAAGAUGACUUGUAUGAAGUCAGAGGUUGUCAAGGAAGCCAGCGUUGAGGUUGUGAAGCCAGAGAAAAUCAUCACAGAUGCAGUCAUUGUUAAGGAGAUUGAUGUGUGUACCUGUAGACUGGAAGACCUACAAUUUUCCAAGCACUUUUCUCUAACAGCUAAGGAGGAUGGCCAGAUCUGCGCCCUUGUCAGUUACUUCGACAUGUUCUUUGAUAAAGACUGCACCUCUAAGGUUAGUUUUUCCACUGGUCCAGCACAUACAGCAACACACUGGCGACAGACAGUGUUUCUUAUAGAGCAGCCUUUCAGUGUAGUUCAAGGUGAAGUGGUACAAGGGAAGAUAAAUUGUAAGAAAAGUAGGAAGGACCCUCGUUCUUUGGUGAUAUCAUUGACCAUUAAAGACUUCACACAGGUGUAUUUAAUGGACUAAUUACUUGUGUACCAAAAGACCAGAGUGUACCUACUUAUAAUCUCCAGGGAUGACUAGUGUACCAAAAGACCAGAGUGUACCUACUUAUAAUCUUCAAGCAUGACUUGUGUACCAAAAGACCAGAGUGUACCUACUUACAUCUGCAGGGAUGACUUGUGUACCAAAAGACCAGAGUGUACCUACUUAUAAUCUCCAGGGAUGACUUAUGUACCAAUAGACCAGAGUGUACCUACUUAUAAUCUUCAAGCAUGACUUGUGUACCAAAAGACCAGAGUGUACCUACUUAUAAUCUUCAGGGAUGACUUAUGUACCAAAAGACCAGAGUGUACCUAUUUACAUCUCCAGGGAUGAAUUGUGUACCAAAAGACCAGAGUGUACCUACUUAUAAUCUCCAGGGAUGACUAGUGUACCAAUAGACCAGAGUGUACCUAUUUACAUCUCCAGGGAUGAAUUGUGUACCAAAAGACCAGAGUGUACCUACUUAUAAUCUCCAGGGAUGACUUAUGUACCAAUAGACCAGCGUGUACCUACUUAUAAUCUCUAGGAAUGACUUGUGUACCAGAAGACCAGAGUGUACCUACUUAUAAUCUCCAGGGAUGACUUAUGUACCAAUAGACCAGCAUGUACCUACUUAUAAUCUCUAGGAAUGACUUGUGUACCAAAAGACCAGAGUGAACCUACUUAUAAUCUCCAGGGAUGACUUAUGUACCAAUAGACCAGCGUGUACCUACUUAUAAUCUCUAGGAAUGACUUGUGUACCAAAAGACCAGAGUGUACCUACUUAUAAUCUCCAGGGAUGACUAGUGUACCAACAGACCAGAGUGUACCUACUUACAUCUCCAGGGAGGACUAGUGUACCUAUAGACCAGGGUGUACCUUAAUACAACUCCAGGGAUUACUUAUGUACCAAUAGACCACAGUGUACCACAGGGGAUGAUCAUCCAUGUCUUCAUCACAUACUUAUUGCAGUAUUAUAUUUCUCAGGAAGAAGAUUUCAACUUUUGCAGUAGUAAAAUCAACAUCAGAGGUCUAGGUACUGGCGAUUCAACUGUAGUUAUCUCCCUUCACUUCGAUUCAUAACUUGUAAAGUUCUGAUUGGGGCGGAGACCUUACAGAUUAUCACAUCGACUCAGGGGUCAAGUUGUAGAGUUGCAUUUCAGCAACAUUUCAUUUUUUUCACUUUUUUCCUGUGGUUAAGUCUUCAUCAUACAUGUUUAUUUCCCUAAUUGAAUUGUGCAUUUCUUCAUAGCUGGUCUAUGAUGUGUUGGUGCUUGUUUUGUUGUGUUGCAUUUUUAAUUUAAUAGCUGAAUAAAAAAUUCUUCAAUUACAAUAGAUCAGGAGCUUUUGAUUUUGCAAUAGACUUCAAUGAGCAAUACCUAAACUGAGAAACUCCAAAGAUUGAAAGCUGACUGUAGAAAUAGGACAAAUAAUUGGGACAUCUUCAUUCUGUAAUUCUCUCAUUAUAGUUGCAUGUCUUACAUGUACAGCUAAAAAACCUUUUGAUGAUACUGACAUUGAUUUGUAAAUACAACAUCUCGAGCAUCAAUUGAGAAAGACUGGAUUAUACUGAUACAGUACUUGACAGGCUUGCGUCAAGGUGUGUCAGAAAACAAAAUAAGAUCACUAGGUGUGCUUUUUUUGGUUGAACAGAAUUCAGCCAAGGCCUAAGUGAAUUAACUUCACACAGCCCCUACAUCUUACUUUUGUAUUGGGUAAGUUAGAUUGCUAUGACAGUAUCCCAAUGGAGGUUUGUUCUCACUGCUUGGUUGGUUUUGUUGAUUUAAUUUCAAUGUUGAUCUUUCGACACAGGUAGCACAAAUGAUGCUCGAUGUAUAAGAUAUAAAAGACAACAAAAGAACUUUUGUCAUUUUAAUUUUUUUACUUUUGAGUAUUUAGUUGUUUGUAUACAAAGAUUAACAGCAGUGCAAAACUAAUGUAUGCGACAGGAAUCAAACUCUCUUGAGCAUGCACCAAGGGGAGACCACUCUUUUGUUGUGAUAUUUUUACGUCAGUCUUAUUAAGCAGAAAACCAUACUUAAUUUACAAAGAAAAGUUUUUUAAAUUAAAAAAAAUUCAGUAAUAUCUUUGAAAUUUAAGACAUACUUUUUCAUUUUGACUAAAUUCUUGUCUUAUUUAUUAUUUUGUUGUAUCUAAGACAUUUCCAAUCAGUUCAAUUUCCUGCACAUAAAUUUAACCAUCAAUGCAUACUCGAUACUUCAGGGGCUAUGAUCAUAUAUCCUCUAUACAGAGAGUGAUAGUGAGUGCAACCCCCUUGGAGUAUCAUGGAUGUCAUCAAUUUACAUUGUAGUGUUACUUAUAAAAAUUAAGAGAUCAAAUGCUUCUGUUAUCAAUAUGUACUGUGUAUAUUGUCAAAUUGAGUAAUACUUCUACACAAGGAUUGUACUGAUGAUAUCAACUUCUCCAGACAAUCUGCUGAGAACCAUGAGGCAGACAUAGUAAUCACCACUGUUAUAUUGAUGGGUGAUGAAGAAUAGGAUCGGACUAUCAGAAUUAUCCUUACAGAAAUAUUUUGUAGAACCAUUUCAUGCUUUCAAAUUUUUUGAGGAAAAUGCUGUACAAUGUAAGUAAAGGGAAAAUAAAUGAUU